UGCUGGAGAACUGGAGGACAGCCAUUGUGGUACCGUUAUUCAAGAAGUGAGCAAGGAAAACCAGGAAACUACAGACCGGCGGUUACAUCAACAAUUUGAGAGCUACAAGGAACAGAUCCGGAAAGUAGGGGAUGAAGCACGCCGUUACCAGGGGGACCAUAAGGAUGAUACCCCAACCUGUGGGAUCUGUCUCAAAACUAAGUUUGCUGAUGGCUGCGGCCAUAUCUGCUCUUACUGCCAAACCAAAUUCUGUGCUCGGUGUGGAGGCCGAGUUACACUUCGCUCAAAUAAUGUAAUGUGGGUGUGCAAUUUAUGCCGUAAACAGCAGGAAAUUCUUACAAAAUCUGGAGCAUGGUUCUUUGGAAGUGGAACACAACAGCCCCCAAAUCAGGAUGGGACCCUGAGUGACACAGCUACAGGGACUGGUUCAGGCGCACCAAGGGAAAAAAAAGCAAGACUGCAAGAACGUUCACGAUCCCAGACACCUUUAAGUACAACAGGAGCAACGCAGGAGGUUAUGCCUCCUGACAAGUCUAGGAUCUCUGAACUUACUCGACAAGAAAUGGGUUUUGAACAAAAACAGUCUUCAGCAAGAUCAAGGAGUGAACCCCCAAGAGACAGGAAGAAGAGUUCAUUGGCUUCGGAACAGAAUGGAAAAGGACUCAAAGGUCAACGGAAACAUGGAUCAAAGCCAUCCUUUCAGCAAGGUGAGAGGCCAACUGAUGAACGAGAGCAUCACAGGGAGCGGCGAGAAAAUCGGCGCUUAGAGAAAGGUCGUUCACAGGACUAUCAGGAUAUGGGUGAGAAAAUAGAAGGGGAAACGAUGGCAGAUGAGGAAAAACAAAAGAUUGAAGAGGAGUAUCAGAAUUUGUAUAAGAGUGACCCCAACCUGGCAAGGUGUCCUGUUAAACCUCAACUGGAGGAGCAACAGAUGCGUAUGCAUGCUAAAGUGUCAAGAGCACGGCAUGAAAGAAGGCACAGUGAUGUAUCUGUGCCCCAGACUGAUGCAGAGGAAGGUCAAGAAGUAGAGGACCACUUGCCAAGAAGGACUCAGCAACUGGGGAUUCAAGAGCGGAAAUACCCUGUGGAGAAGACUGUAGAUGUACAAACAGCUAUCUCAAGACAGCCGCAUUUGAGUAGUCAGAGCACCCCCACAUCGAGGCGGAGCCCAGUUCCUGCAGAACACUUGGAGGUGAAGGAUUACAAUGCCCACAAGAAGAACCUGGAUCCCAGUUCUGCUGUGAUUCGAACAAAGCGGGAGAGGAAUGAAACCAUGCUGCGGAAUGAUUCACUCAGUUCUGACCAGUCAGAAUCCAUCCGACCACCCCCACCAAAACCACAUCGAGUGAAAAAGAUUGGAAAGAAAAGACAAAUGUCAGUCAGUAGCUCUGAGGAAGAAGGAGCAUCUACCCCAGAAUACACCAGCUGUGAAGAUGUGGAACUUGAAAGUGAAAGUGUCAGUGAGAAAGCUGUACUAUUUCCCUUCCAAGGUGAUUUAGAUUACUAUUGGUUGGAUCCAGUUACGUGGCAUAGCAGUGAGACCUUACCUAUCAGCUCGCAUCCUGUCACAUGGCAACCAUCCAAAGAAGGUGAUCGACUAAUCGGGCGUAUUAUUUUAAACAAGAGAACAAGCAUGCCAAAAGAAUCGGGAGCACUGCUUGGGUUGAAAGUGGUUGGUGGAAAGAUAACAGAAACUGGACGGCUUGGGGCCUUUAUCACCAAAGUGAAAAAAGGCAGCCUAGCUGAUAUUGUUGGCCACUUAAGAGCUGGUGAUGAGGUUCUUGAGUGGAAUGGUAAACCCUUACCAGGAGCUACAAAUGAAGAAGUUUACAAUAUAAUUUUAGAGUCAAAAUCAGAACUUCAAGUUGAAAUAGUUGUUUCAAGGCCAAUAGGUGAUAUACCUAGAAUUCCGGAGAGUUCCCAUCCUCCUUUGGAGUCUAGUUCAAGUUCCUUUGAGUCACAGAAGAUGGAACGACCGUGCAUUUCAGUCAUUUCUCCGACUAGUCCUGGAGCUCUGAAAGAUGCCCCUCAGGUUCUACCUGGACAGCUUUCAGUGAAACUUUGGUACGAUAAAGUUGGCCACCAGCUGAUAGUUAAUGUGUUACAAGCCACGGAGCUUCCUUCCCGAGUGGAUGGUCGGCCCAGGAAUCCCUAUGUAAAAAUGUACUUCCUUCCAGAUCGAAGUGACAAGAGUAAACGGAGGACCAAAACCGUGAAGAGAAGCUUAGAGCCAAAAUGGAACCAGACAUUUGUCUAUUCUCAUGUACAUCGGAGAGACUUUCGAGAACGCAUGUUGGAAAUCACGCUAUGGGAUCAGCCUCGAGUACAAGAAGAAGAAAGUGAAUUUCUCGGAGAGAUCCUUAUAGAGUUAGAGACGGCUUUGCUGGAUGAUGAACCGCACUGGUACAAACUUCAGACGCACGAUGUGUCUUCUCUACCGUUGCCUCAGCCAUCACCAUACAUGUCACGGCGCCAUGUCCAUGGAGAAAGUCCUAGUAAAAGGCUACAAAGAUCUCAUCGAAUCAGUGAUAGUGACAUCUCAGAUUAUGAUGUUGAUGAUGGUAUUGGAGUGGUCUUGUCAGAUUAUAGGGAUAACAGUAGAGAAAGUAGAUCAAGCACAUUAACUGUCCCAGAUCAGCAGAGAACUCCCCACCAUCGUUCACGUUCUGUCUCUCCUCACCGUGGUGAUGACCAGGGCAGGACCCGGUCACGUUUACCCAGUGUCCCACUGCAGAGGAGUUUAGAUGAAAUCCAUCAAAGUCGUCGUUCUCGUUCCCCCACUCGAUACCAAGAUGCCUCUCGCAGUCCAGUUGAAUGCAGGCCCAGGGACAUGGACAGUUAUCACACUUACGAAAGAGACAGUGAGCUCCUUAUGCUGCCCAGAGCAAAACGAGGAAGGAGUGCAGAGUGCCUGCAUACUGCCAGUGAAAUACAGCACUCUCUUGACAGGGCUAGGAGUGCUAGCACCAACUGUUUGAGACCAGAUACUAGUUUACAGUCAUCAGAACAAGACAGUAUGCCAGAACUAAGCCGCACUGGAAUCCGGGACAGGAAAGCUGGUCAGCAAACAUCAAGAUCCCACCAACAAGGAAGCCCAGUCAAGACUGGAAUGCCACCGUCUAGUCGGAGGAGUAGACAGCUUCCGCAGGUUCCAGUUAAAAGCUACGGCCUAGAACAAGGAUGCCGAAUGGUACAGGAGGAGCGAACAAAGCAGGCAAAGGGGAAAGUGCAUCCCAGCAAGCAGUCUGUAGAAUCAGUAACCAGUUUUGAACAGGAACGUGAUCAAUGUACAAAGCAUCUACUGUACAAGGAUCAGAACAGAAGCAUUGAUAAUAUUUCAAUAAAAUCAUCAGACAGUGAUGCCAGUGAUGUGUCAGCCAUCUCGCGAACCAGCAGUGCCUCACGCCUCAGCAGCACAAGCUACAUGUCUGUACAAUCAGAGCGGCCGAGGGGCAGUCGCAAAAUCAGUGCAUUUACCUCUAAAAUGCAAAGCAGACAAAUGGGGACAUCAGGGCGAAAUAUUAUGAAGAGCACAAGUGUCAGUGAGGAGAUGUAUAGUCUGGAAAAUAACGAUGGCAGUCAGUCCGAUACGGCUGUGGGAACAAUAGGAUCAGGGGGCAAGAAGCGAAGAUCAAGUCUGGGUGCCAAAAUGGUGGCCAUUGUCGGAUUGACAAGGAGAAGUAGGAGCACAUCUCAGCUCAGCCAGACCGAAACUGGAGGGAGGAAAUCCAAAAAUACCAUCCAGAGAAGCACAGAGACUGGCAUGGCAGUGGAAAUGCGGCGUAUGACUCGACAAGCCAGCCGGGAAUCUACCGAUGGCAGCAUGAACAGCUACAGUUCUGAGGGAAAUUUAUUCCCUGGGAUGAGACUAGGAGCUGACAGUCAGUUCAGUGAAUUCCUCGAUGGACUAGGACCUGCACAACUUGUUGGGAGACAGACAUUAGCAACACCUGCCAUGGGUGACAUUCAGAUCGGGAUGAUGGAUCGGAAGGGACAGUUGGAAGUUGAAGUGAUUCGAGCCCGAAGCCUCAGUCAGAAAACAGGUUCAAAAUCUCUCCCUGUACAUGCACAGUACAUGUUAGAAUCUCCUGACUUGUAUCUCCCUGUUUUACAGGUGAUAGUCUGGGGAGAUUAUGGCAGAAUGGACCACAAAUGUUUUAUGGGAGUGGUACAGAUUCUACUGGAAGAGCUUGAUCUAUCCAGCAUGGUGAUUGGCUGGUACAAACUGUUUCCAACAUCUUCAUUGGUGGAGCCCACCUUGACUCCCCUUACUCGCAGAGCUUCCCAAUCAUCUCUUGAGAGUUCAACUGGACCCCCCUGUAUAAGGUCAUAAUGAACUACUGGGAGGUCACCAACAGGACAAAAAGGCUGAAGCUAACCACAAAUAUGAUCAAAAUCACUGCUGGAGCCAGACAAUCACACUUGUUUUAUCAAUAGUACUGGUUCAAAAAAAUAAUAGGGCUUCAUAAAUCCUAAAACAAAGUACAUAGAUAUAUGUGUAUGUAUUUAUGUAUGUAUGCUGGCAUGAAUUGGCAAACACGCACUACAUUAAAUGCUAACUGGAAACUGAUAGAUCAGUCACCCUGAGUUUGCGUUAGAGACUAAAUGAAUGAGAUCAGAGAUCUGACUUUAAAAAAGUUCAAUAUUUUGAGUAUGUAACAACAAACUGGAGAAGUAUCAGACUCAGAAAAAAAUUGAGUUGUUUAUUCACGGUUCUGUAGAAACUAUAAAUACUGCUACCUUACAGAUAUUACAUUUUGAUUCCCUGCACACAUUUCUUCCACCUGCUAUCUGUUGUAAUGGAAGCUAGCUAAACUUCUGCAAAUGUUCCCCUCCCCGCUCCCAACCAUACACCCCACCCUGAUACUGACAGAGACCUUCUAUUAAAUGGUGCGCGUAUCUUUGAGAGCCUCACCAAAGGGUGUUCAACAGCUACAGACUUUAGUGCAGAAGAUGCCAGUGUUUCAACAUUACUGGCUCCCAGUUAACACUACCAAACUUAUUGUGAGUUAGAUACAGAAAAAAACCUCAAAAAUGUUGAGGUUCAGAUUUAAGCAGUGCCCAUCAUAUCUCCAAGGAAAAGCUCUCAAGUGUUAUUUCCCAUUUGCCACACAAUUUGCCAUUUUUUGGGGUUUUGUAAAACAGGCUCAUGUUUGCAUUUUGAAUUACUAUUUUUCAUGUUUUCUGAUGUCUUGCAUGAAAAGAAGUUUGAACCUGCAGUCGGGCUGGGGACUGUUCAAAGUAGCUUCAGUCUUGAUACUCUGCAGAGAUUGUAGCACUAAGAUGUUCCUUGUAAUGCAAUUCUUUUCCUACAAUUACAAACCAUUGAGAUAACUUCUGUAUAAAAUUGUAAAUUUGACUUCCCAAAGUGUUUACCAAUAAUGGAUAAACUGUUUGAGCUGUACCUGGGAUUUUUCUUCUUCAUGUGUCACAUGGCACUCUGAUUUGCCCCAGACAGAGCAUGAUGCAAGUUGUUUGAUGAUCGCUGGAAAUUACAGUUGAUAUUUCCUGCACACGUGGUGUUUUUUAAACUGACUUUCGUUUACAUUAUUUCAAAAUUACUGCAAGCACAGUGCUUGUUUUUUUACAGUAAGAUGUAUUAUUUUUUUGAAAGAAAAGCAAACUUUCAAUUUGCUUUUUUUUAAAAAAAAUCAUUUCUUUCCUUGAAUACCAUUGGCCUGAAAACCCGUGUGUAUUGAUGUCAAUGCAGGUAGUGAUUCUAAUUCCUCUCUCCUCCUCCCCUGCUCCUGCUGUCACAGGCCAUUUUGAUUUUUAGAUCACUAAUGUGAAGCAGCAUGAUUCUGGAACUGUUCAGUUGGUGCAUGCAUGUUUUGUAGGGGGAAGAACAACACAGAUGUUAAUUAAUGUGUGUUAGUUCCACAUAGGCCAGCUUGUAUGUUGCAUGUACUUGUACAGUUUGCUUGUUAUUAAUAUAAAGAAAUAACUAAGAAAUCAAAGCCAUUAAUUUAUGUUAACAACAUUUUUGCUGAUAUGAACUAGGCUCAGGUCUGGUGAUGAAUGUGUAUUGAAAACAUUUUUUGUACCCCCUGGAGAUUAACUGCUGAUGUAGAACAGGAAAAGAACCCUAUUGAUUUUCGUGUAACUUCUUACAUGUGGGGCUUUUACAUACAUUAGAAGCAUUGUGUAUACACAGAAAAUUGACUUCUAGGUGUUCUGCCUGCACAGAGUGAAUUGUCUUAUUUAAAUUGGCCAGCUCUUGAAUUAAUCUAUUGUCCUACAGGAUCUUUAAGUUUGAUUACUGCCUGACCUGCUGAGCAGGAGGAAUUAAACCACGGAUUCACAAGGUUCUAGUCCCUUUACUGUGGCCAAAAGCAGCUGAUUGGAAAGUACUUUCCUAACUGCAGCAGUUGUCUGAACAUUCCCCUGUGCUUUUAAAUGAACUUCAGACUCAUGUUAUGUAAACAUGUUUAAUAAAAUUUACUUUUCAUGUCAA